AAGCGUUUUGUGGCAGCGGUCAAACCAUGAAAUAUUAUAACAUCAGUUCCAAUGCUGCCAUCAAAUUGGACAAUAAUUCGGCAGUGUUAUUCCCCCAGGCUAGAUUAUCUGCAGAAAGACGACUACUGGGCUGGGAUGUGCCGCCACACGAAAUACGCCAUAUUCCCGAACAUUGGCUGCAAUUUCAGGAACCACCCGAAUCCAUGCAUUAUCUAUUAGCGAUGCUGUAUAUAUUCUUCACGAUAAUGUCGCUGAUCGGAAAUGGCCUUGUCAUUUGGGUAUUUUCCGCGGCGAAAUCUUUGCGAACUCCCUCAAAUAUUUUGGUUAUAAAUUUGGCGAUUUGUGAUUUUUUUAUGAUGUCGAAGACUCCGAUAUUUAUCUAUAAUAGCUUUAAGCGUGGCUUUGCUCUGGGAAAUUUAGGUUGUCAAAUAUAUGGCAUUAUUGGAUCCUAUACUGGUAUAGGUGCAUCGUGUACAAACGCCUUUAUUGCCUACGAUCGUUAUAAUGUUAUUACACGGCCGAUGGAGGGCAAAAUGACACACGGCAAGGCGAUAUUGAUGAUAAUAUUCAUUUAUUUGUAUGCCACACCAUUUGUGGUGGCUUGUGUAACGGAAAGUUGGGGUCGUUUUGUUCCGGAGGGAUACCUAACUUCAUGUACAUUUGAUUACUUAACUGAUAACUUCGAUACUCGACUCUUUGUUGGUACCAUAUUCUUCUUCAGCUUUUGUUGUCCUACAACAUUGAUUAUAUAUUACUAUAGUCAAAUUGUCGGACAUGUAUUUAGCCAUGAAAAGGCAUUGAGGGAACAAGCAAAAAAGAUGAAUGUCGAGUCAUUGCGAUCGAACGUAGACAAAAGUAAAGAUACAGCAGAAAUUCGCAUAGCUAAAGCAGCAAUUACAAUAUGCUUCCUGUUCUUUGUAUCGUGGACACCAUAUGGUGUAAUGUCUCUGAUUGGAGCUUUUGGCGAUAAGAGUCUCUUAACACCUGGAGUAACAAUGAUACCGGCUUGUACAUGUAAAAUGGUAGCUUGUGUCGAUCCAUUCGUGUAUGCCAUAAGUCAUCCGAAAUACCGAUUGGAAUUGCAAAAGCGAUGUCCAUGGUUGGCGAUAAAUGAAAAAGCCCCCGAAAGCGCUAGCACCGCUUCGACGACAACACAAGAUCAGGCACCACAACAGACUACAGCAGCCUAA